CUCCUUCCUAUGCUGAAAUCAAUGCGACGUGAGGCAAAGAGUAUGGCUGCUUUUCACUUUGCCAUGGAAGCUGCCAUCAAGAAGGAUCAGAAUAAGCUCGAUGUUUUUCAGGUGAGCACUAGUUGGCCUUUGUCUGUCAUCACACCAAGGUCAAGGGGGCCCGAACUAUGUUUUGCCGGGUUGUUUGUGGUCGAACCUGUUGAUGGACGAUUUAUGAUCGCUAUGGUCCUAACCAUUAAAGAUGCGCUAUGGUCACGUGCCAGACCUGUUUUCUAUUCUUAG